AUGAGUGUAGAGCUUUCUUUCAAAGAUUUGAAAGCACUUUUGGAUGAUAAUAACAUAGAUUUAAGUAUGCGUCAGCUGGUAUCCAUCCCAGUAAAAGGUUUGAGUAAAAUUCCGCGUGCUACAUAUCUCGACUUUUCGAACAAUUUAAUAACAUCGAUUCCAUCAGAUUUCUGCCUAUUAACGCAUGUUACCAAGUUAGAUCUUAGCAACAACCAUAUCGUCCAUUUGCCAGAAGAAUUUGGCAAACUAAUCAACCUAGUUCAUCUUGACCUUUAUAAAAACGAAGUUGAGGAACUCCCUUUAUCUUUCGGUGAACUGGCUUCACUAAAAUGGUUAGAUCUGAAAGGCAAUCCUUUGGAAUUAGAACUUUCACAAGCAGCGGGCGAGUGUUUGAAUGAAAAAGGUUGCAAAACGGCUGCUUUGAAUGUUGUACGACUCAUGCGUGAUCGGUCCGUCAAACAACAACGACUUCUUGAAAAACAGAAAUCUUCCAAAAGACAAUUCGAAGACAGCGAUGUAGGCAAUCAUGUGUUAACUGUUCAAAAAGAAAAAACAAAAAAAAAGAAAAACAAGCACCGAGAUCUGGUCAUUGAACAUUUGGAACCAAUUAUGGUACAUGCACAGCAAAGUGUACCUCAGACGAUACCAAAGAAGGACGAAAAAGUAUCUUAUGAAACAAAAAGAAACGAAAAACGCAACUCGAUGAUGUCGUUUUGGUGGAGAAUUUUAACUGUUUCAUUCCUCUUCACAUUAGCUGUGUCUGUAUUUGCUGUUGUUAUGGUAGUGACCAAUUGUUUUAGUGAACCACAGAGCUGGUCCUUGUUAUCAAGACCGUUCUGCGAAGAUCUACAAACACUACUAACAGAACAUUCAUUUCCACUAACGAUUUCUGGUAAUUUCUUCCUUUCAAUCACAUCGUUGUUGAAAUACUAUAUUGAUGCUGCUGGUGUAGCUUGGCAGGAAUUCGAACAAAAGGCUGAUUUAGUAGCUUUUGUUAAAGAUUCUUAUUUUGUACUUUAUAUGAAAUUGGUCUCAGUGGGAUUAUUGGUGCAAGGCUACGCAUACGACAGUUUCAUGACUUUUUACAAUGCGUAUGCUGCGGAUGCUGUAAGUAAUGUUCUGAAGAAUAUGUGGCUUUUACUGAGGAUAUUUGGUUUGAUGAUUGCUGAUUUAUUGAUGUUUGUUGUUGGCGAGAGUUUGUUAUUUAUUUCAUCAGUAGUUGAAACGAUAUUUACGUAUGCAUACAGAGGUGAUCAACUGGCGGAAGUACUGCAAAACUGGUGGAAUAAGGUGAAAUAG